AAGCCGUUAGGGCAAUCGGUGUCUUCCCUUAAACCUUGGAGGCUCACACCGACGCAGGCCCCACCAAGAGGGCGGCGGGGCUUCUCCCGAUGUCGAUCCGAUCCGAUCCGAUCCGAUCAAAUUCAUCUUUGUCUGUCUCUAUCUUUCUCUCGCAAGUGUAAUAUUCAAAUCCCCGUUCCCAUUCCCACCCAUUCCCCCAUUUCUGACCACCUCCCUUUCAAGAUAACGACAACCUACGGAGACGAAAGCCCUCGAUUUUCCAUGGGCGGCUGAAAAUUGGAAACCCUCUUUGCCAUAAAAGCUGCUGUAUGUAUGUAUGUAUGUAUGUCUGAGUGUUUUGUAAGUGCCUGCCUAUUGGCUAUUGGCUAUUGGCUAUUGGCUAUUGUCAAAGAUCAGUUUCUGCUUUCCAAUUGAGAUUAUUGUGGCUGCGUUUUGGGAAUCGCUGCAAGAAUUGGUGAAAGGGAUUUUGUGAUGGGUGCGCAUCGAUCUUUCGUUUUUUCAUCUCUGUAGGCCUCGGUCAGUUUUUCUCACAACAUGGAAGACGAAUACGAGAAGUUUGUAAGGAGAAUGAACCCUCCAAUAGUCGUAAUUGACAAUGAAUCUUGCAGAAAUGCAACCGUUAUUCAGGUCGACAGUUCUUACAAACAUGGAGCUUUGUUGGAAGUCGUACAGCUCCUCACGGAUCUCAAUCUUAUUAUAACCAAAGCGUAUAUCUGUUCCGACGCUGGUUGGUUUAUGGAUGUAUUUAAUGUAAUUGAUCAUAAUCGAAACAAAGUAACCGAUGAAAGGAUUCUAGAUUACAUCAAGAAGUCGCUUGGUCCCGACUCGUAUUUCGCAUCUUCGAUGAGGAGGUCGGUCGGGGUGACAUCAGGGACAGACUAUACCUCGAUUGAGUUGAUCGGAACUGAUCGUCCGGGGCUGCUGUCCGAGGUGAGUGCUGUCCUAACCCAUCUCAAAUGCAACGUGGCUAACGCUGAGGUCUGGACACACAACACUCGCGCGGCGGCUGUAAUGCAAGUGAAGGACGAGGAGACUGGCGGCGCAAUCUCUGACCCCGACAGGCUGGCGCUGAUUAAGCGCCUGCUGUGCAAUGUCCUAAGCGGCAGCAACAAGUCCCGGGAGGCGAAGACCGCCGUCUCUCAUGGAGAAACUCACACCGAGAGGAGGCUUCACCAGAUGAUGUUCGACGAUCGCGAUUACGAAGGAAUGGAUGGUGCGGAUUCGUUGGAUGAGAAAGAACGGCCGCAAGUGAACGUCGUGGAUUGGCACGAGAAGGACUACUCGGUGGUGACGGUCCGGUGUAAGGACAGGCCGAAGCUUCUGUUCGACAUCGUCUGCACUUUGACGGAUAUGCAGUACGUCGUUUUCCACGGGAGUAUCGACGCCGAGGGAUCCGAAUCCGAAGCUUACCAGGAGUAUUGCAUAAGGCAUGUCGACGGAUUCCCUGUGAAAUCGGAUGCCGAGCGACAGCGGGUUAUUCAAUGUCUUGAAGCUGCGAUAGAACGACGAGUGUCGCAAGGAUUGAAGCUCGAGCUCUGCACGGCGGACAGAUUCGGGCUAUUAUCUGAUGUGACCAGAAUUUUCCGUGAGAACAGCCUGACCGUAACGCGGGCAGAAGUGACGACAAGAUCGGGCAAGGCAGUGAACACUUUCUAUGUCCGGGAUGCGUCAGGAUACCCGAUUGAUCCGAAGAUCAUAGAUUCGAUACGAAAGACAAUCGGGCAGACAAUACUCCGCGUAAAAGGUUGUCCCGAGGAGCCAAACCAAGUCUCGCAGGAAUCUCCGACAAGAUUCCUCUUCGGCGCCUUCUUUAAGUCCAAAUCACUCUGCGGAUUCAGCUCUGUAAGAACAUACACUUGAAGCCUGAAUCGGUACGCGCUCUCUAUCUUGUACAUUCCGAUCCUGUGUAGAUAAAACGCAUCGUAUAAUCGCUAUAGUUUGUAUAGAAUCAUUGCACAGAGAUUGGUUCCACGGUCUAAAUUGUGUAGUCGAUGCGACAAGGUAGUUCUGUCUGAAACAUUACAUAGCUUGUACA